AGAAAUGCACCUCCUUUAAAACAACAGAAGAAGAAGAAACCGGAAGUCAACAGAAAGUCUGUUAUGUUGUGUUCAGUGCUGCGCUGAACUACAAGCAGAAUGGCGGAUGAGGAGGACGAGACUGGCUACGAUGAGGAGAUGGACGACGGGUCCGGCGGAGUGGAUUGCGGCCACGGGAAGAGGAAGAGGCUCUUCUCCAAGGAGCUCCGGUGCAUGAUGUACGGAUUUGGAGACGACCAGAACCCGUAUACUGAGUCUGUGGAUAUUCUGGAGGACUUGGUUAUCGAGUUUGUCACCGAAAUGACCCACAAAGCCAUGUCUAUCGGACGCCAGGGCCGUGUCCAGGUGGAGGACAUCGUUUUUCUAAUUCGGAAGGACCCUCGGAAGUUCGCCCGAGUCAAAGACCUGCUGACCAUGAACGAGGAGCUGAAGAGAGCCCGCAAAGCUUUCGAUGAAGCUAAUUAUGGCUCAUAAACAAAAUGUGGCUGUUAAAUUAUUUGUAAUGGCUGUUCUGUGUUCAGACUUGACUUGCUGUCCAAAGUCUGUUUUUUCUGAUCUAACGUUUAUUAUUUCGUAUGGUGGUAUGGCAGAGACACACAUUGUUACCUGUUCUCAUACUGUCUGUCUGGGAUUCUCAAUAAAGAAUUGUUGUUUUAA